AUGGCCCGCACCAAAAUCUAUCUAUACGCUGCUGUGGCGAUUUUCCUGAUUGUUUUCCUCUUCUUCUUCCUCGCCCCCGCCGUCCGAAACUCCUUGGCGGAACAAAGCUACAUGGAGACGCCGACCAUCCCGCCAGCGAAGGCUGUUUGGACUUCAUUUGCUUCAAUCAGGAUCAAGGCGACCGAAGAUGAGGUCUUUGAUGUCAUCACCAAAUUUGAUGACUACAGUUCUUGGUCAUCCUCCAUUUCUGACUACAAAUUUGACCUUCCAGGAAUCCCCCAAACCGGAAGCCAUGGAACCUUCAAGCUGUACUUCGAUGGUUUUGGCUCCAGGACCGCCACCUUCAGAAUAACUCUGCUAGACCGACAGAGAAAAAGGAUCGCCCAGAGAACGACAACAUAUCCAAGAUGGCUGUUGGGUGGUGAAACGGUUCAGGAAGUCGUCCCAGUUGAAGGGUCAAAUGGAGCAUGCGAGUAUCGGACAUAUCACACCAUUGAAGGUCUUGCGGCUUACUACCUCCUUAUGGCUGCAACCGAAGAAUUGGCCGAGACUCAACAGAAAUCUGCUGGCGAACUUAAAGCUUUCAUAGAGCGCCAAAAACGAUGA